AUGGGUAGCUCAGUUGUGGUUGUUAAUGGGAGGCUUUGUAAAAACCCAAAUGACGUCACAAUAAAUGAUUUCUUGUAUAAAAGGUUUAACGUACCUGGAGACACAAACAACGCCCAGGGAGCAAAUGCAACACUAGUCGACAUAAACCAAUUUCCCGGUGUCAACACACAAGGGGUGGCCAUGGUUUGGGUAGACUUUGCACCCUAUGGCCUAAAUACCCCUCACUUGCAUCCUCGUGGCUCGGAGAUUUUUGCCGUGGUGGAGGGAACUAUGUAUGCUGGCUUUGUGACCUCCAGUUACAAGCUAUAUGACACGAUACUUAAGAAGGGUGAUGUUAUUGUGUUCCCUCAAAGUCUAAUCCAUUUCCAAUUAAAUCUUGGUAAGACAGACGCUUUGGCUUAUGCCUCAUUUGGGAGCCAAAAUCCAGGGCGAGUCAAUGUCGCUGAUAGUGUGUUUGCGACUACCCCACAUAUUCUAGACAAUGUUCUUACCAAGGGGUUUCAGGUGGACGAGAUGGUGAUUGAGCAACUUCGCUCCCAAUUCUCCGCAGAAAACAUAUCAGUCAACACCGGGAGAUCGAUCUUAAAACUGUUAUCUCAAACUUAAUUUCUGAUUCUACAUACUUUAGCUAAUAAUGAACGAAUAUAUGGUCAGGAACCAAAAUAGUGCUACGUACUAGUGUAUUUUAUUUGCGAUCCAUAUUUCUAUAUGAAUUAUGUAUUUUAGUA